CAUACCAUGCCCUGUUAUACAGAAAAUAAAAUGUAGCUCAUAAAAUACUGAAAUAUUCAACUUGGUGGAAUCAGUGGAGCUCAUAAUUUUGCUAUGACAAGAUUUAAAACAAUCAAACAGAAUGGCUGAUGCUGAUAUCUUACAUAGCUCUAAACAACGGAGCACCGUCUUGCAUUGAAAAAGUCAAGCAAUCAGAAACUGAUUGAAGAUAUUGAAAAUGUCAUGUCAGGCUAUGAAAAUGAUGAAUCUGCUGAACCAUAUUCGUUUUGUAGCGGAACCAUCUCUUGGGUACAAACAACUACCUAAGAUAUUACACUCAUGUGGGUCAUUUUUCUUUGUUAUCUGUUGUGUGUUUCUGAACUCAUAUAUCAUCGUCUUCGAUUACUCAUUGUCAACAUCUGGCUUUGGUGAUCUUGCUGAUUUGUUGUACAUCAUACUUAUGUUUUUACGAUCACGAACUGGGCAUCUCAUUGAUGGGGUUGAAGAACGAAAUCUUUUGAAAGUUCGGGAAAGAUAUCAGACCAGUAUCGGAUUUUUCCUGGAUUUGAUAACCAUUCUUCCAUUCUCAUUUCUUCGAUAUAUUUUACCUGGUGAAGAACAUUGGUUUUAUGUCAUUGAUAAGCAGAAGAUCUAUCUCCGACUUCACUACGUUCUGUACUACAUCGGGUGUAGACAAGAAGAACCUGGAUCAAGCACUGUUAAAUUCAGAACCACGCUUUACAUAACUUUAUCAAGCAUGGUGAUUCAUUUCUCAGCAUUGGGAUUUUAUGGUGUUUCAUGUGCGAAUCCAGGUUAUGAAGAAUUCAGAAUAAGCAUGUGUCAAGGGAAUAGCUGGUUAUACCAUGCUCUUUUGUUUAAUAUGAACGAGCGUUUGAAUGUUAAUAUUCAUAAAAUGGAAGAAGAUGUUACUGAUGAAGUUCGGCAUUUGGCUCCCUCCUAUAUUAUAAGUCUUUACUGGGCUGCUCAUUCAUCCUUUUCAACUGGAUUUGGUGAUGUACAUGCCCAUACUAUCAUUGAAAAGGUGUUCUCAGUGUUUGCAAUGUUAAUUGGAAUGGCUUUCUUAUAUGGAAUGGCUGUUUCAGGAAUUACCUCUUUGCUUUUGAAUGCAGAUGCACGUCGAGCCUCAUUUGUUCAUUAUUAUGAUGCUUUCAAAGGGGAAUUGGAAAACAUGUGUGUCAGAGAGCAGGUCAAAAGUGUGUGUUCUGGAUAUUGUGACUACAUAUGGCAUAGAUUUCAGGGUCUCAUGAUCUAUGACAUGGGAACAUUGGAUAUUUUGCCUGACUGUCUACAUGGAACUUUCACUGAAUAUGCAUUCAAACCACUGCUGGAUGGAGCAAGCUUGUUGAAAGGAACUCAAGGCGCUUUGUGUAGAAAACUUGCCCGAGUGUCAGAGCAUCGAAUAUAUUUGAAAAAUCAAUAUGUUCAGCGUUCUGGAGAGAUUGCUGAUGCAAUGUGCUAUGUUCACCGAGGAUUAGUUCAGAUUUUGGACCAGUCAGAAAAAAAAGUCAUUGAUACUAUAUCAGAAGGUGAAUGCUUUGGAGAAGUGUUUUUACUUUUUGAUUUGCCUCGUUUAAACACAAUUAGAUGCCUGACAGAUUGUGAGUUAUUGUGGCUGGACAAACAUGCAUUUGCUGAAGUCAUUGUAGACUAUCCUGAAGCUUCUGAUCAAAUUAAGGAUGCUAUCAGAGAAAGAUGUAAAGCUUCAUGCAGGUGGCCACUUGAUAUCCCUACAUUAUCAGAUUCUGUCAUUUUGGAAAAAAUUAUGAAAGGCCAUAGAAAAAGUAUAGUUGAAGAUUUAGAAGACUCAAUACAGAAAAUAAAAUAUCAUCAAAAGGUAGAGUCACCUUCUGAAAAUGUUUCUGGAGUUGUAAGAAUGACUGAAGUUGCAGAUACGGAGUAUGAUGGAAUUGGUCUGUCUCGUGUCACUUUUUGUGAUAUAGGGGGAGGUCUACCUUCAGAUGGAAAAAACUUUGCUGAGGAUGGAAAUGAUGAUUCAAACAAGAUGACUUUAUUUCAAAGAAUUGAGGAAGCAACAAUAUGCCAUACAAACGGAAAAUUUUAUUGGUUCUGGGAAAGAUAUAUUACAGCGCUGUCUCUCUUUGCAUUUUUGUUUCAAACAACCAUGUUUUGUAUGAACCAGAUAAUAAGAAGGGUAAAUCCAUGUGGCAGAACAUGCCUUGACAAUCUGCCAGUACUAGAUGUUGCUGUAGAUAUGGAAGAUGAUGAAAAAAUAUUUGAAUCUCUUCAAGUGUGUAAAACUGAAUCCAACGUGAAUGGGACUAUUGGAUGCAUUCUGGGAGUCGGUGGACUGUUAUCUGAAAGGAUAACAGGCAACCUCACUACAGGAUAUGUAGUUGAUAUACCUUGGACAUGGGAUGUUACUAUUAUGGGCUUGAAUGUGGAAACUCUUAAUGGCUGGAUACAUAUUAUCAUUUCUUAUUUGAUAAUUGAUCUUUCACUUUGGUUACAUAUCUUUAUAAGUAUGAGGACUGUUAUCCGAACCACCCGAGGGGAAGUUACAAGCUUCCGUGACAUUGGAAAGUACUACUUGACAUUUAGAAAGUUUGGCAUUGAUCUGCUCUAUGUGUUCCCAUUUGAAAUUCUUGCCCCAACGUUGUCAAUGUUUAAUAUGCGGAACAGAGCGGGAAAACAUGUUUGGUGGCUGCUGCUGCGAAAUAACAGAGUCUUAUCAAUAUUCCGUCACUUUCCCAGAAAUUUUGGCAAAUGGAAGCGAAGCCUCAAUGCUAAUAUUGUGCGAAUCAAGCUGUCAUAUGUCGUCUUUAUUUUUGUUUGUAUUGUACAUACCAUAUCAGUUUGGCUUCCUUGGUCAAGAUGUACUUACAUGAAUCAGGAUUGGAGUCAUGAACACUUUGGUAAUCCGGGUAUUUAUAGUGCAAGUUGUCAAGAAAUUCAAGAAUACUUUCAUUUGUUUUAUAUCUGCAGUAUGAUUGUUACAAGUACAGGGUAUGGUGAAUAUCCUGCGACUGACGCUGUUUUGAUGAUUGUGACUAUAAUGACAAUGACUUUGGGAACAAUUAUGUGUGGUUGGAUAAUUGCAGUCAUUUCUUCAAUGAUAUCCAGUACAGCAUCAGCGGUUACCACUUAUAGCAACAAUCUUUUGAUGAUGAAAAGAUAUCUGCUAAAACAUUCUGUGCCUCUUCAAUUGAUAAACCGAGCACUUGAUUGCCGAUAUAUGCUUUGGGACAGAUUCCUGGGUGAUGCUACUCCUGGGGAAGGAAGGCAUGCAGCUAUUGAUGGCAAGCUGCCCUUGAAUCUUCAUCAAAUGCUUAUGUAUGAAAGUUUCGGAAGCUUUAUUGAAUGUGUCCCUCUGUUUAAAGGCCUGCCUCCUGCUGCAAUAUCUAAGCUAUGCAAUAAUAUUGAUGCUUAUCAUUACUCAGAAGGGAUGGUGGUUAUCUAUGAGGGUGACGUGUUUGGUGGAUUAUACAUCAUUAAACAGGGACAUUGCGCUGUUGUUACCGAUGAUUUGACAGAGUCAUUUGAUGUUUUGCAUCCUGGAGAAUAUUUUGGGGAAGUUGAGACUUUCUAUGGUAAAGGCUCUGCUCGAACAAUUGUUGCUGAUACUAGUGUGGAAAUCCUUUUCUUGAAGAAAGUUCAUAUUAUUAGCAUUGUUGCUACCUUCCCAUCAAUCAAUUCUGAAAUAGCCAAAAUUAGUGAUAACAAGGAAUACCAUGACAUGAUCAUUCAAAAUAUGCAACAGCGUACAGACAAGCUAAGGGUUGAUAUGAGUAAGCGAUUUAAUAUUCAUCAUCUGAAUGGAGGUGUGUCAUAUUACGGUGACAAAAGUGUGGAAUCUCCUGCAGUUCAUAAGAUAACAGAUGCUGACAGCACUGACGAUGUUGAUGUGCAUCCUGUUUUGAAAACUCUGGCAAAACUGUUCUUGAUGCCUUUCACCUUUGACCCAGGCAGCAGGCAAUACUUAUAUUAUGAAACAUUCAGAACGAUUCUGGUCAUAAUUACCCUGAUCAUUGUGCCAAUCCAGGCCGCUUUCAUGCCCAACAUACCAGCGCUAUUGGUAUUGCAGUACUUCCUUGAUGGAUUGACUAUGGUGGACCAAUACAUUAAGCUCCAUACAAUGUAUUACAACGAUCGCAAGGUUCUGGUGUGCCAUCCAUUAUAUACAGCUGGUCAUUAUUUCAAGACUAGUUUCUUUGUUGAUUUCAUUUCCUGGUUUCCUUUUGAUUUGAUCGUAAUGGCUGCAUUACCAACACCAUGGACUCUUGGUCAAUGGAGGUUCAUUUGUAUGUUUCGAAUACUUCGUAUUCUACAAUUGUACAAGCUUAUAAAUUACUUCAACUAUUGGCAAAGUGAUGUUCGUUGGAAAAGAAGAUUCCUAAAACAGUGUACUAGAGUUUUAUAUACGAUACUAAUGCACAACUCUGUUGCGUGUGUCAUGUACAUGACGAUGGCUCAACCACAGAUAAAAUGGGUUGACAACAGUAACAACACUGAUUACAUAACUCUGACUGGUGCAGCUGGACCAUUCUCUGUUCCAAAAGCAUCGUGGAUUGGAAAAGCUAUCAUAGAUGAUGUGUUCCCUGCACUAGACUUGGUGAACAGUACCUUUCAUCGAUAUCUACUCAGUUUAUACUAUGUCACAGCCACACUUGUGUCUGUAGGAUAUGGAGAUGUUGUUGCUGCAGCCAGUAUCGAGAAAUUAUUUUGCGCUAUACUGAUGUACUUAGGAAUCAUUUACUAUGCUCUUAUACUGGGAGAUAUUGCUGCCACCAUUCAAAUGGAUGAUACAACUAGAGCUGUUUUCAAAAAGCGAAUGAUGGACAUUAGAAAAUUUUUCAAGCUGAAUCAUGUUUCAAAAGAGACAACAAAGCAGGUUAUUGACUUCUACUCAUACCUUUGGAAUAGAACAGGAGGUAUUACCCCAAAUGAUUUAUUCCGAGGCCUCCCUCCAAACAUCAGAGCUCGCCUGUGCCAUUGUAUGUAUGAUGAAAUGAUUCGAGAAUCUUUCCAGACUUCAGACACUAUUGAAAACUCAAAUAUAUCAGAAAAGGAUAUGAAUCGAUUUUUCAAUCUUCUGUCUAUGUACAUCCAUCCACAAAUCUUUCUGGCAAAAACUAUCAUAUUCAGUCUGAAUAGUGUUGGAGAAGAUAUGUAUUUUCUUCAGCGAGGUAAUGUUGCCAUACUUGAAGAAGAUGAUGUAACAGUGAAACGUGUGCUUGGACCAGGACAAUAUUUUGGAGAGAUUGCUUUAUUCUCUUCAAUUCCUCGUACUGCAACAGUUGUCGCUAUGACUAAUUGUGAUUUGAGUGUUAUCAACAAGCAGGAUUUGAAUAAUAUUCUUGAUAGACACCCUCAAUUCAGGGAAAUCAUGACCAACAUUGCCCUUGAUCGCAGACUCAAAGGAACAACCUCAACUAGCUAUGUCAGACGCAAGAGCAUGACUGACCAAUUCUCCAAUGCGAAUGUUUAUGAUGAAAAGGGUAACAGGAAUGAUGGUCAAGAUAAGUUCUUCUUCUCUAAGAUAAUAGAUCGUAACUCAACAUUUGCACAAAUAUGGGAUCAUGGCACAGUUAUCUUGGCCUUUCUUUCAUCCUCAUUGGCUGUCUAUCAAGCAUGCUUCCUUACCCACGAUUCUGGAAUUGAUACUUCUAUAUUUCUCAUGGAUGUAUGGUUUGCAAUUGACAUGGUGAUAUGUUUCCACACAAGUUACUUUGACAAAAUGGGAGACAUUGUUGAAACCUUGGAAAGGAUUCAUGCACAUUAUGGGAAGGAUUGGAGGAGAUUUUUUAUUGAUUGUGUUACAAACUUUCCUUUUGAAGUUUUCAUGCAUUUUGUUCCAAUUGGUGAAACAAUGAGUGAGACCUACACAAGAAAGUUGACGAUUUUGUCUUAUCUACGAUUGAAUAGAGUUCUUAGGAUGAGGAAAUUUUUCACUAUAUUGGCUAUGUGGGAACGAGAUCUACAGAAAGACACAUUGUUAGUCAGAAUGUACAAACUUGUUCUUGUGCUUUUCUAUAUCAUCAAUUUUUUUUCUUCUGUCUUCUACUUCGUUGCUUGUCCUGGUGGAAGUUGUGUUGAAUUGAGUUGGACAACAAUGCCUUUGACUGACUAUAAGAAUAAAGGCGUUAGAGGUGAAGAGCUGUUACCAUGGGUCGAUGGAUGCUAUUGGACUGUUGCUACGAUGACAUCAACUGGUUAUGGAGACAUCAGGCCUAAAACUGCCACUGAAAUUGCAUUUGCAAUGUGUGUUAUGGUUGCUGGGAAAGUACUGAUCGGUUACAUAUUGAGUAUGCUUGCUGCUACUUUAGCCAAUGACGAUGCAAGAAAAGUAUGGUAUGAAGAACAAGUCAAUGCUGUUAAAACAUAUAUGACGGACAUGAAAUUUGAUAAAACUAUAUUCGAUCAUAUUGAACAAUAUUAUGAUUAUAUUUGGAUGAAAAAUCAGGGAGCAAAAUUUUCUGAACUUUUCAACGAUUUGUGCUACAGCCUGAAAGCAGACAUCAUGUAUCAAUUAGUUGGAAGUGAUGUAGAACGGAAUGAAUUGUUCAAUGGAUGUUCGAUAAAUUUCAUUCGCCAUGUUUGUUCGUUGAUGCGAUCUGUCUCGUACAUGCCAAGCGACUAUAUUUGCCUCCAGGAUGAUGUUCGAAGCGACAUGCUUGUUAUACAUCGUGGAGUGGCCGAAAUAUUCAAACGUGAUGAGAAAGGAAAAAACAUUCCCAUACGUUUGAUGAUGGACGGAGAAACUUUCUUAUCAGAAUGUGUGCUUAGAGCAACUUGUGUUUCAUUUUCUGUACGAGCUAGAACAUAUGUUGACGUGUAUUUACUUAGCAAAGAUGAUUUAAAAACUUGCAUUGAGAGUUAUACCAUUGAUGGGGAUAUUUUGCGACAAAAUGCAGCAAAUUUGCAUUCAACAUUAGCGUAAUAUUUAUUUGCCUUUCAAUGUAGAAUAAAUCAUUAGUGUUUGUGUUUAUUCCAAAAAAAUUAUUUUCGGUUUACCAUU